GAGCGGGACUAAGGAUAAUCCGCCUUAUCGUCACUAUCUGAACCCAUCAACCAGACUGUGCCUCAGGUACUGUCCGGACUAUCCUGGGUUUCAAGAUGCCUCUCCACCUCCUUGGUAAGAAAUCAUGGAACGUCUACAAUCCCGAGAAUGUCGCCCGCGUCCGGCGCGACGAGGCCCAGGCCAAAGCCCAAGAGGAGGAACAGGAAAGGCAGAUGCAGGAAGUAGAUGCUGAGCGCCGGAUCCAAAUUCUGCGUGGUGAACGACCUCCUACUCCACCCCCGCCACCAUCGCUACCAUCGCUACCAUCAUCUACCACGCAACCAGAAAAGAGCCACAGGGAGGAAACUGGAAGAUUCAGGAAGCGGAGACGGCUGGCUGGCGAAAAUGAUACCGAUCGUGAUAUCAGAUUUGCGAGGGAAGAUGCGGAGUUUGCAGUUGCAAAACGGGAGGAGCUGGCUGUCUCUCGUGUUGAUGAUGCGCCGCUUGAGGACAGCGCGGGCCAUAUUAACUUGUUUCCCUCGAAAGGAAAAGACCGGGCUGUAGAGAAGAACGCCGAGGCCGAAGCGGAAUCAGCCGAUCAAAAGCGCAAAUAUGAAGAUCAGUAUACGAUGCGAUUCUCUAACGCUGCUGGGUUCAAACAGUCCAUUGGCCAAAAGCCUUGGUACCAUUCAUCGGCUGAUGGUGCUAUGGCGCCAGAUUCUGUGCCUGGAAAGGAUGUUUGGGGUAACGAGGAUCCCCUGAGAAAACAGAGAGAGGCGGCUCGAAUGGAUGCGAACGAUCCACUAGCAGCGAUGAGAAAGGGUGUGCGCCAGCUAAAAUCGGUUGAGCAAGAAAGAAAAAGGUGGAAUGACGAAAGGUAUCGAGAGUUGUCAUCAUUAAGAGAGACAGAGAAACAACAGUCACAUUAUCAUCGUCGACGAAGAAGAAGAUCACGUUCUAGGUCGCCGGCUUCGGAUGAUAGCUUGGAGGGAUUCAAGCUCGACGGAUCACCAGACAGCCACAGGGAAGAUAAAGAUCGGAAAAGGAGUUCGCAUCGAGAUCACCGACACCAUCGGGACAGAAGUCGUGAUCGCUCACAUAGGAGGCUUCAUUCUCACUCUCAUUCGCGCCAUCAUCAUCGCGAUCGCCAUGAGAGCAGGCGCGAUGAUACCAGACAUUCUCGUAGGCCACGCUCUAAUGCAAGGCAAAAAGAACGGCAUGCUGAGCAGUGACAUUACCUGACUAUCAUUGCCAUUACCCUACAGAUGUAUUUGAAAUGUAUACCAAUCAUGCAUGCAGUAGAACUAUAAGUCGAUUCAUUUAUUUAAGGGUCGAUUAAGUA